GAUAAUUGAGUUAACUUCACACUGUAUCCCACUGGGUAGUACAAGUUUUUUCCUCCUUCGCAAAAUUUACUUUGCUGCAUCUUUGCUCAAGAUUUUGAGGUAGAAUUCUAGCAAGAAUAAUCCAGCAAAGAUGCAGAUAGAGAGCAAUCGUGGCCAUCCAAAGUCCAUAUCUGUGAUUUGAGUGUCAAGGGGAGGGUGGAAAAGUGCAAAAACUGCGGUGAGAUUGGAUCGAAAUGCUGCAGCUGACCUUCAGAACAUAAAUAAAAUUCUUUUGCUCGACCGAAUCCCUUUAUUUACCCAAAAAUAUUUCGCAAUUAGUGUUGUUAAUCAGUGCCACGAUGCCUCACGGUGCACAUGGGACAAAACCGACGAGUGUCUUUCGAGAUAUUUGCCAUCAAAAUCAACUUGGCGACAACAAACGCCUCACAACAUCGACAAAAGACAGCAAGACUUUCGUGCAGAACCUGAGCCUCUAUCGAUCUCUGAAGGUGCACCGAGGAUGCGUGAAUACCGUGACGUGGAAUGAGAAGGGAAAUCACGUAUUGUCCGGAUCUGAUGACCAAACCCUCGUGGUCACGAAUCCCUUCACGGGAAAUGUUGCGGUGAAGUGUAAAACUGGUCACAGAGCCAAUAUCUUCAGUGCAAAGUUCAUGCCGCACACGGGCGAUCAGGAAGUGGUAUCGUGCUCAGGGGAUGGUAAUGUCAUCCACACGGAACUCCAGGCCACUGAUGUAUGCAAUACAGCCAAUAUCAAUGAGUUCAAUUGCCAUAGCAAUAGUACAACGUACGAAGUGAUAACGAUUCCUCAAGAACCGAGGUGCUUCAUGAGUUGCGGAGAGGACGGAACUGUGAGGCUGUUUGACUUGAGGAAGAUCUCAAACUGCCACAAAAUGUGCUGCAAGGAGAAUAUUGUCAUCAUGAGUCCGUCUUCCAUCACGGCCAUGUGCAUGUCUCCCGUGGCGCAGAAUUAUGUGGCAGUUGGAAGUUCUGACAGUCAUAUCCGGAUCUACGAUAGAAGAUUUUUGUCCUAUAUUGAUUUUUCGGCCAGUGGAGAGCAGAAUACCCUUCCGGUGAAGGCUUUCACGAUCCCGUCGCUGGAAAAGCGCCCUUUUAGGGUCACUUCGGUGUCCUACAGCUCAGAUGGGAGCCAGCUGCUCGUGAGCUAUUCAUCGGAUCAUCUGUAUUUGUUUGACGUGACAGGGAAUGGAGUAGAAGUGACUCCGCUUAGUGAUAAGGUGAAGAGGAAGAUGCAGAGGCAGGAGAAUGCUGAUCCUCCGCCAGUCAGAAGACUGAGACUGCGGGGAGAUUGGAGUGACACGGGCCCAGAUGCCAGGCCUGAGAGGGAAGUGACAGAUGCAGGUGGUGCUUCAACGGGUCAAGUGAGGCCGAUCCUGCAUGCCACGAUGAUGAAUCGGAUGACAGAAGUGAUUUCCCGGAUGUUGGCUGAUCCUCGAACUCGGGCCAAUCUCAAUCUUCUGAGUCACUUGGGGCAGCAGGCCAAUCCGACAUUGGCCGAGGAACAGAGGCAGCAGGAACCUGGACCGAGUUCUGGUGCAGUUCCGCAUCCCAAUGGCAGCAAAAAUGCCCGGGAUGAUCCGGAAGGUGCCAGUUUCGGUUCGGACGAAGAGGCAGAGAAGAAUCUUCCGGAAUCCUUUCCGGAGGACAUCGAUGGCCAGGAAUCUGCCAAUUAUGACUAUCUCCUGAUGAAAUUCACUGGCCAUCGGAAUGCCCGGACAAUGAUCAAGGAGGCUAAUUUCUGGGGAGAUGAAUAUAUAAUGUCCGGAUCGGAUUGUGGGCAUGUUUUCACAUGGGAACGUGCCACGGGGAAGUUGGUGAUGCUGAUGGAAGCUGAUCAUCAUGUGGUGAAUUGCAUUCAGCCGCAUCCGACAUUGCCCUAUUUGGCGACUUCGGGAAUUGACUAUGACGUCAAGAUCUGGGCACCGUUUCAAACUGACGUCCAUGACGAGGAUACACCGCGCUUUGAUGAGGAGAAAGCACAGAGACUCAUGGAAAGAAAUGCUGUGAUGCUUGAAGAGACUAAAGACACAAUAACUGUACCAGCAGCAGUCAUGAUAAGGAUGCUGGCGUGCAUCCAUUCGUUCAGGAAUAGGAAUAGAGGUAGUAUUGCCAGGAUUGACGAUGACGAUGACUAAGUUAAUGGCAAUUAACAAGAAAAAUAGAGAAAAUGUAUUAUAAAGAAAUAAAGAUUUCGACCAGUAUAAA